AUGGCGCCGCCGGAGAAGACCAAGACAGUCAAACUGGAGCGCUACGGUAGCUACCUCCGCCCUGGGGGCUCCGGCAGGCUGGCUCCCGCUGCCUCCAAGCUCCUCUUCCGCGCGACUCUCCUAGCCCUCUUCCUCCUGCUCCUCUUCUUCACGCUACCUCACCCAAUCCUCUCCCGUUCCCCUUCCUUCUCCUCCCGCCGGAGCCUCCUCUUCUCCGCCCUGUACGGCGGUGGCUGGGAGGCCGCCAUCCGGCGGUCGGCGGAGCCGCCGCGGGGCGGGGGGCUGUCGGUGCUCGUCACCGGUGCGGCGGGGUUCAUAGGCACCCACUGCUCUCUGGCCCUCAAAGAGCGCGGCGACGGCGUGGUGGGGCUUGACAACUUCAACGCCUACUACGCCACCUCGCUGAAGCGGCGCCGCGCGGCGCUCCUGUCGGCGCGCGGCGUCUUCGUGGCGGAGGGUGACCUCAAUGACGGUGCCCUGCUGGCGGCGCUCUUCCGCGCCUUUCCGUUCACCCACGUCCUCCACCUCGCCGCACAGGCCGGCGUGCGCUACGCCAUGCGCAGCCCGCAGUCGUACGUCCACUCCAACGUCGCUGGUUUCGUGUCGCUGCUCGAGGCCGCCGCCAAGCGCGCAGACCCGCCGCCGGCCGUCGUGUGGGCGUCCUCCUCCUCCGUCUAUGGCCUCAACGAGGGUCGCCCCUUCUCGGAGGCCCACCGCACCGACCGCCCCGCCUCGCUCUACGCCGCCACCAAGAAGGCCGGCGAGGAGAUCGCCCACGUCUACAACCACAUCUACGGGCUCUCCCUCACGGGGCUCCGCUUCUUCACCGUGUACGGGCCAUGGGGGCGCCCCGACAUGGCCUACUUCUCCUUCACCAGGGACAUUCUCGCCGGCAAGCACAUCACCGUCUUCGAGGCCGCCGGCGGCGGGGAGGUGGCGAGGGAUUUCACCUUCAUCGGCGACGUCGUAGAGGGCUGCCUGGCGGCGCUGGACACGGCGGAGAGGAGCACCGGCGCCGGUGGCGGCGGGGCAAAGAGCGGGCCGGCGCAGCUGCGGGUGUACAACCUCGGUAACACCUCGCCGGUUCCGGUGACGAAGCUGGUGGCCAUCCUGGAGAGCUUGCUGGGGGUGAAGGCCAAGAAGCGGGUCGUACGGAUGCCGGCGAACGGGGACGUCUUCUUUACCCACGCCAACGUCAGCCUCGCCCGCAGAGAACUGGGCUACCGCCCCGCCACUAGUCUCGCCGCCGGUCUGCGCAAGUUCGUCGACUGGUACGUCGACUACUACGGCGUCAGGCUGCCAGCGACGGCGGCUGCCGCCAGGCCGUCGCUAGCCAAGACCAAAAGGGCAGGCGGCGGCGGUGGUGGCGCCGCCGAAGACGCGGCGGAGUCUUCGCUCUCGGUGUCGGCGUGA